AUGUCGCCGCACGACUCGUCCACGUCGCUCUUGGGCGGCGGUGCGGAUGCCAACAAGCGUUCUGCCGACGACGCCAACGUCGACGCUCAGAACGCCGCCAAGCGCAAGCGUCCGCAGUCGUGCGACACGUGCCGCUCGCGCAAGAUCAAGUGCGUCCGCCUCCACGUCGACGGCAUCGACGUCAGCGCAGACAACCGCUGCGUACAGUGCCGCGCCAUCGACGCCAAGUGCACCUUCGACUACGUCCCCAAGCGGCCCGGUCCACAGAGCUCGUUUGCAAAGACCGCGCGCAAAGAAGCGGAAGCCCAGGCCCAGGCGCACCACAAGCCAAGCACACCCCAUGGUCUCACGCGUCCGACGCACUCGCGCGCAUCCACCUCGGGCUACACCAACACCCCGGCACCCAGCAUUGCAGGUCCCUCUCCCAACGUCGCCUCAGGUACGGGCGGCUCGCCUUCGGAUGAUAGCUGGUACCGCGCGUUGGCGCAGCACAACUUUGCCUCGGGCAAUGCCGGCGCCAGCGCCAACCAGACCAGGAGCUCGUCGUGGAGCGGCGCCACCAACUUUGACGCCUACCUCAACGGCUCCAUGCUCGCCAUGACGCCCACCCACUUUGCCGCCAUGCCCGCCGCAUCGCCCUUUGACUUUUCGCCCCACAACGUCGGCGCAAUGUCCGGACCCUCGCCUGCCAUGAGCGCAUCCAACGCCUCCUCGGCUACCCCCGGCAGCUAUGCCGGCUCGGCAUCGUGGCAUGCGCCUAGGUCCGACGCAGGCAGCUCGCGCUCCAAUGCCCCGCUCGCCGCACUCUCGCACAUGGCCAAUCAGCAGCACAUGCACAGCCAGUCGCAUACUCAACAGCAGCAGCAGCAGCAACACAACACGCACAGCGCUCAAGCGGACGAGCUGGCCGCCUUCGACAUGAGCAGCUUGGCGGGACCAGAGUCGCGCGCAACGCCCUUGCCGCUGCCCAUCCCGUCGUUCUCGCGCGUCCAGUCGCCCGUCGCCGCCGCCAACCCGCUGCAACAGCCGCAACAGCCACCGCAGCAGCCACAGCAGCCCGCGACGAGCAGCGAGGGCGCGCGCCCGAGCCGCAAGCGCAAGAGCGCGCCCGGCCUGUCCACCAUGUACUGCGGACCCGUAGUCCGCCCACGCUCGCUCGACGACAUUGCGCCGCGCCAGACGUUCCUCGCGAUCGUCUCGCUCUACUUCCACUACCUGUGGCCGCUGCUGCCCAUCGUGGACCGGCCGACGUUCAGCCACGACCUGCUCAACCGGCGCGACGAGCGCGACGACACCUUCCUCGCGUUUGUGCUGAGUCUGGCGUCGUAUACGCUCAUCCAGUGUCCGCGCACCGUCAUCCCGGCGCCCUGGACAGUGUAUCGUCGGCUGCAUCGCAUUUGCCAUCUGACCUCGCGCAGGAUGCAGCCGCGCGUGUACGAUCCGCCCCAGCUGCUCCAUGUCAACACGCUGUAUUGCGAUCACAUCUACCUCGGCACUGUAGGCAAGACCAAUGCGGCCAAUGCGGUGUUGGCCGAGGCGGUGCGUGUGGCGUAUACGCUCGCGCUGCACGACGAGUCCAAGAACAGCGCCGCGGCCAAUGCGGCGCCGUACGGCCUGGAUGCGUCGUCGUUUGCGCACUACCGCGCACCCACAGCCAAUGCGGUGGAGCGCGAGCUGAGGAAGCGCAUGUUUUGGGUGCUCCACGGAAGCUCCACCACCAUCGCUAUGCUGCAGGACGAGCCGGCACUCAUCCACGCCAUUGAUGCGUGUGUCGAUCUGCCGCUGGCUGUCGACGAGGAGGCGCUCGCCAAUCCGCGCCAUGUCCAGUCGCGACCGAGCGUGCUGUGCGGGUUUCUGACCGUGACGCGUUUGCACCAGGUCAUGCUCGAGCUGCUCGAGUCGUACCGGCGCGACCGGAGGUUUCCGAUCGACGAUCUUGGCGUGGCGCGGUCGAGGGUCAGGUAUCUGGCGGAUGUGCUCAGUAGGCUGCAGCAUGCGAUCGACGAUAUGCCCGAGGAGCUGCGCAAGCCCGUGUAUACGCAUGCGCCGCCCGAGCCCAUCCGUCGCCCGGGCGUGAGCAUGCCUUCUCUCGAAGCGGUUGCGCCCGGUGGCCAGCAACAGCAGCCGCCGCCGCCGCUGCAGGCGAUCGGGUUUGAUGCGGCCACGCAGACUGCGCUGGGCAACCAUCUGAGCGGGACGUCGCCCUGGCCGUGGCCCGCCGAGACGUUCACCCGCGAUGGCUUGCCCAACGCCGACGCACGCUCGUCGAACAAUUCGUCGGCGACCCACUCGCCCCGUCCGUCGGCCGAGCCCGCCUCGGGUUUGGACGUCGGACAGCCUCCGCACCAGGCCUUGACGCCGCUGCCCCUGACGCCGCAGACGGGACGCGAUGCAGUCGCGGGGCUCACGAUGGUUGAUCUUGUCAAUGUCUUUCGACCCUCGCCGCCACCGAGCAGUACGCCGGUGCUGUCGCCCAUGUGCACGAUGCACGCCAACAUCGUGUGUACCGAGAGUCUGAUCCGCUUCCUGGUGACCGAGUACCGCGAGUUGGUAGCCACGCGCAUCCGCGAUCUCAAGCUUCGUCAACCCGCCUCGUUCGGUGCACCGGCCAAUGCGCCCGAGGACGUGCAGCGCGAUACGUGGCAGGAUGCGGCGCAAAAGAUGCUGCACACCUUCAACAGCCUGCCUCUCGACGCGCUCGCCAGCAACGGUCAGAGUCUCAUCAGCAAGAUCAUCUACGUCGUCUCGGCGUUGCUCAACCGUACGGCCAUGCGCGGACCGUCGGAGGGAUUCCAGUACAUGUCGAGUUUGCUGGCUACGCUUACGAGGCUUAGCCAGACGCGCAACGACGAUACGCUCGACGAGGGCGAUGACGAUGCACACGCCACGGGCGAGCCGAGGGGAGGGGGUGGGGAUGGUGGUGCUGGUCCAAGCGAGGGUGGUGCAGGUGGAGCUGAUGGCGCUGCGGGAGGUGGACAUCGAGACGCUGGUGGUGAGCGUCGGGACGACCGUUGGCAGAAGCGUCCCAACCAACGCAGGCCAGACUCGUCCCACGAACCGCGCGAUACGACGAUGCAGCACACUUCGCGCAGCGCGGGCAUCGAGUCGCCCGCAUCUACCCCGGCCAGCCUCGUGCAUACCGAUAGCGCGCCCAGCUCUGCACCCAAUACCGCGUCCACCACGCCGACCGCCGAACUGCCCGCGAGUUAUCCGUUUGCCAACUUCAAGCACGACCACCUGAGCGCAGGCGUAGGACCGCUUGGUGCGGUCUCGACCGCUUAG